GUGCGCGCGCGCGCGUGUUUGCGAGGGGAGGAGGUGGGUGGCUUACGCUACCUGCUUUUGAAGCAAGUCUUAUUUCUUAUGGGGCAGCCUCGAGAUAUAAGCUACUUGCGUAUAUGUUGGGUACAGGAGGUGUACAUCUUAAAGACACUGACGAGAUCACAAUUUGCGAGACAUCUGCGUUUGAGAGAGACCAGGAAAACUGCUGUGAUUUAUUCGUCGUAUUUUAGCGAUUCAACUUACACCCGAACUUUUAUGAAGUAAUAGCAGACACGCCGGAGUUCCUUGCUGUUCUCGUUUGCUUAAAGGGAUAUAUUUUCAGGGGUGCAAUGGAGAACUGAGAUCGAAGUGGAAUUGUCUUGAAUCAAUAUGUCCAAACCAAUGGAUCACGUUAAGCGACCCAUGAACGCAUUUAUGGUGUGGUCCAGAGCGCAGCGACGAAAAAUGGCACAAGAGAACCCGAAAAUGCACAACUCCGAGAUCAGCAAGAGAUUGGGUGCGGAGUGGAAACUUCUCACCGAGUCGGAGAAAAGGCCGUUCAUUGACGAAGCGAAACGUCUGCGAGCCAUGCAUAUGAAGGAACAUCCUGAUUACAAAUAUAGACCGCGGCGGAAGCCAAAGACAUUAAUGAAAAAAGACAAGUUUGCUUUCCCUAUGCCCUACACCCUAGGAGAUCACGAAUCGCUGAAAGCGAACGGUUUACCUUGUGGAACGCUCUCUGAGUCUUUAAUUGGGAAUCCGGACAAAGCAGCAGCAGCGGCCGCGGCUGCGGCAGCCAGGGUCUUCUUUAACCCUUCUGUAUCUACGAACCCGUAUUCAUUUUUUGACCUUGGGUCGAAGAUGGCAGAAAUAUCGUCGCCGUCAUUUCCAUACGCAUCCCCUCUGGGGUACCCAAGUGGCACGACUGCCUUCUCCGGAACUGGGACUGUCGGGAGCGGGACCCAUACGCACACUCAUUCGCACCCUUCUCCCGGAAACCCUGGCUAUAUGAUACCAUGUAACUGUGCCGGCUGGGCUUCGGCAGGUGUCCAGCCGCCACUGGCCUAUAUUCUGCUUCCAGGAAUGGGUAAACCCCCCCUUGAAACUUACCCAGCCUACGCUGCGGCGUUAUGAUGCUUUGGACUGAACAAAAGUUUUUAUUUGUAAAGACAAUAUGUGCAAGUUUUACUAAACGCGUGCACAUAUGUUUACAUGUGAUACAAUUCACGCCGUUUCAGGUUCAUCACAUGCGUUACGUGUAUAAAUUAAUGCCUUCAUACAAGGAAAUGUUUUCGUUGUUGUUACGGAGAACUCUUUACAAACAGUGCUUUCCGCCAUCAACACCACAAUACCCAGACGGAAUUAUGAAAUGACGGCUAAAGCACUGAACCGUUUUGUACAUUUCAUGUUCAUGAGAUUUUAAAAACUGUAUUUAUUUUUUUCAAUUUGGUUAUUACUCUUGGGCAGCAGAGGACAGGUUCUAAAGUGAAUAUACCGUCGACAAUACGAACAGCUGUAUGAAAUGGCAUCAUAUUAGGUUCCAACCUGUUGCAAAAACACCUGCUGGAUAUAUCUGUCCGAAUAGUCUACAGUUUCACAGAGUGAUCUGAGGCUUACGCAGGGGAAAAAUUCGUUUAUAUCAUUCACUUCUGAUUUUAAAGGAACUGUGCGAUUACUUUAAACAAUUGUUCGCGAAUAGCCUAAUAGGCUACAACUGGGUAAUUUAUGUUGACAGCGAGGCGACAUAGCUCUAGUCUCAAGGAUCCGCCGGUAUCGCUAAAACGUGUAUAUGUAUCCAGAAAAAUGACGUCGAUGGGUCAACCAGAGAUUUAUCGGGUUUGUUUGACACUACAUUCAGUGUAUAUCCUGAGCUUUUAAACACUGUUUUAUAGAUAUGUGUCAUAUUUAUUGUUUAGUGCAAGAAUUACUGUGGCCUGAUUUACGAGAGAGCUGAGUCUGUCCCAUAACAUUUGCACAAUAAACUUGGAAGUGCUUAUUGGGGGUAAAGAUUAAAUCUUUACCUUCAAAGAAACGCAUUCUUUUGAACAAUCAAGUCUUUGUGCGUAGGCCCACAUUCAGUGCAGAUGCGUGAAACUGCUGAAAUGCACUGACAAUUGUACUCUAUAUGAUGACUGAUUGGCGUCCAUGUGCUCGUUUUUACUAACUCCUUAUGAAGUUGUAUGGUUUGUGUUUUAUUUAACAACACUUACGUUCAUGUAUAUUAGAAAUAUAAAUGCUACUCUGCUCAUUUGUUGAACAAAGGCUAAUAAUAAAGUGUAUGCGGACAAAUAGAGAACAAA